CACAAAAGACUGAAACAAAACUGAGACUGUAUCCAAUGGAAACAUGGCAAGAUCCAACUUGAGGGGCUGUUUGGUCAUCAGGAUCCUAGUCGCAAUAGUGCUGCUGUUUGUAAUGUUUCCCUACACUGUCUGCAAGAAUCAGCCCAUCAGUUGCAUCCUAGAUGAUGAUCCUCUGCCUAUACCUCACAAAUAUUAUCAGCCGGGUGACUUUGUCAUUGGAGAGAUGGUUUCUCAGGUCUUCCUCUUUCAUGACAGUCCCUCAUUCACAGACGUGCCCACACAGAUGUCCAUUGGCGAACCUGCGUCCGUUCCUAAGAACUACCAGCACAUCCUGGCUUUGCUGCUUGCUGUCAAAGAGAUCAAUGAGAACCCCCAAAUCCUACCCAACAUCUCUUUGGGCUUCCACAUCCUCAAUGGCUACUAUGUGGCAAGGACGACAUACAAAGCCAGCCUGAGCCUCCUUUCCACACAACACAGGUUUGUUCCCAACUACAAGUGUGAUACUCAGAGUAAACUGAUAGCUGUCAUUGGUGGACUUGCUACUGAAACCUCUGCCAACAUGGCUAGCAUUUUUGCCACCUACAAGAUCCCACAGGUGAGACAUAUUCAUUGAUGCAUGGGCAUUUUCCAACAAUGGCUCAUAUUUUUAUGCUUUUUUAAUCCAUACAACAAAACCCUCCUUCCUUUCAGCUCACAUAUGGAUCAUUUACCCCAGUGCAGGAUGACAAAACAUUGUUUUCUUCCUUAUAUCAGAUGGUCCCAAAGGAAGCCCACCAGUACAUUGGGGUAGUCCGGCUCCUUCACCAUUUCAGAUGGACAUGGAUUGGGCUCUUUGCUGUGGAUGAUGACAAUGGGGACAGGUUUUUGCACACAGUGGUUCCAUUGCUUGAUCAGAAUGGCAUCUGCUAUGCCUUCAUACUACGGACAGCAAAGAGGACAUUUAUGGAAGAGCUGAUAAACAUGGUAUUAGCACAACUGGGAAAAUAUCCACUUCUUCAAGAUAGAAAAGU